UGUUGUUACUGAUUUUAGACUGUUCUAUCCAUGACAACCAUAUUUAGUUUGCAUAUGGCACCCAUAGACGUAAACAAUUCCUGAAGCGAUCGAAGACUAAAGACUUGUAAAAAUUUCUGUUAUAUGCAGUAGAAACAUAAGAAAACAAUCAUGACAGUUAAUUUAGAAGAGUAUUUCAGAACAACGUUCGAGGACAAACUCCUCGUUAAAAUGCCUGAGAGGGAGGAUGAUCAUCUUACCCCUGCCACAAGACUUCUUGAGAAAAGAAGAGAAAUGCAAGAAGUUGAGCAGGCAUUGGCUGCCCAAAAAGAGGAAUUCCAAAUGAAAAUGGAAAGUUUGCAGCAAAGAAGAGAAGAACUUGAGAGAAAGGAAUGCCAACUAAAGGAAUCCUUGUUGAAAUUUGACCAUUUCUUAAAGGAAAAUGAUUCUAAAAAGGCCAGAGCACUGAAAAAAGCUGAGGAAGAGAGAGACUCCAAAAAGCAAAAAGACAAAGAAAUUGAUAAAUUAAAACAGGAAAGAUCGGCACUUGUGAAAUCAAAGGAAAAACUUCAAGCAAAACUGGAGAAGUACAAGAUAUAUCACAAGUAUAUGGAAAAGGCUUUAGAAGCUGGGGAAGAAUUCCAUGAAAUGAGGGACAUUAUUGCCAGACAUGAUACCCUUGUUGCUACUCAUGAGGAUUUGCUGGAAAGGGAAACAAAGAAUCAAGAGAUUAUAGAGAAACAGAGACAAAAUCUAUUGAAAUACAUAGAGGAUAAAGACAAUGAAAUUCUUUCAUUCAAUAAUGAACUCUCAGGACUUCAAACAAGGUUAGAUACAGCCCAAAGUGAGGCAGUGAAAUGGGAAAAUGAGUGGACCCGUAUUAAAAACACAUCUGCAGAAAAAACACUGGAACUUGGGAGAAUCAAAAUGGCAGCCCAUAACUUGUACCAGUUAGUCAAACGGCAUCAGAAACAGGCUGCAGAUGAGGAGGAAACAUCAGAACAGCUAAACCAGAUUCAAAUGUUCUUAGAAGAUCUGACAGACAUUGUUCGGGAAUUAAAGAGAUCAGACACCUUUACUUCAACAUAUAUUCCUCCCUCCUCAAGCUGAAGAUUUCCUUUUAUCUGUGUAACAAUGUGUACUAUCUGGAUAUGAAUUAUAUGCUUUCUUUCAGAUAAAAAUGUUCAUGCAAGAUUUAACAACCAUUACCAAUGAAAUCAAGAGAAUGGAAAUGCCAGGAACUUCAAUUGCCCCACCCUCUUCAAGUUGAUUUUUAUGAUGUUCUUAAAAACUGUGAAAAUGUGUGUACAAUGUAUUAUCAAACACAAACUUACAGAAAAGGAGUUAAUUGUUUUCAUAAAUACCUUGUCAACUGACCUGCAUCAGUUGUUUUACAAUUGUAACUGCCUCCGUGGAUUUCCUUGUCUUUUAAUCUAGAUUGAAUUCUAGGUGUCUUGUACAUAUUUCCAACCUUGAGUUUUAAUGUAAGCAGUUUCAAAAAGAGGAGUUUUAUUUUCACAUUCCUAGUUUGGAAUUCGCAUUUUCACUGUGAUUUGCUGCCUCUCACUGUUUAAUUGUGAUGUCAUUUGUUUGUGUGAAUGAGAGAAAGAGCCUUGAAAGAUAUAUUCUUCCAUGGUUUUUGUUGCUAUAUAGGCAUGUGCUGUUUUUUUCAUAAUCAGGAAAUAUACAUUUUGUUCACUUAUUUUGUUAUACAGUAAAUAAAUUCUAGAUUGUAA